UGCUUCCAGGAAUGAUUGUUGUGCCAGUUUGAUUUAGCUCGAUCAAACUUCAUGAGUUAUGGGAAUAGUAACACUAUUCAAUGGGAUUCAGUCAAAAUCUGUACAUUUAAAAAAUCUAGUUUGCGAGAAACAUUUAUGAUAUAUCUUCACGGUUGUGGUCACAGGGAGGAGUCGGCCAGCAGGAUGGAUGACACUGAGGAAAAUAUGAUGCUGAAGGAGAGGAUAGCAGAGCUAGAGUAUAGUCUAAACCAGCAGAAGGACUUGACCACCAAAAUGAGGCACUGGCUGGACGUUGCAGAUGAUGAUGUGGCAUUACUGCGUUCUGAAAACACCAUCCUCAAAAAGAAAGUAAAAGCCCUGGAGAAAGUCAUCAGUGAAGCACAGAAGGUCGAAGCAGAGCCUUGCAAAAGUCUCCUGGCUGAUGACCUUGGUGUAAAGACAUUCAGGGAAAACAAGAUUCAGGAAUUGGAAAAUAAAACCACCAUGAUGAUGAAUGAACAGAAUAAGAAGCUAACUGAAGAGCUUAAGGACCUCCAGCAAGAGAGAGACCGGGACCACAUCAUCUUCAGCAAGUUACGGGCUGAAUUUCAAACCCUUGAGUGUGCAUUGGAAGAGGCUCAGUUAGAUCUUCAGAAAAGGAAUGAUGCUAUUGACCAGAACAACUUUCAUAUAAAGCACUUGGAGGAAACCGUUGAAGAGUACACCCACUCCAUGGAGAAUUUCAGGCUGACAAAUAAGGAGCUGAAAGAGAAGUUGGAGGGCAGACUGGAUGAGGCCUCAUUAACUACUUUGAAUAACCGGAUGGAAGAAGGGGACGGAUGGCUCAGUCCCCCUUUGUCCUUUGCAGAGGAAAUGAAGCUGUUGAAGUCUUCAGCUGAAGUGAAAACCGCUGUGUCAGACUCCACAGAUCUUCAACAUGAAGAAACUGAAGUUGAAGAGCUGCUGGAACCUCAAAGUGUGACACUAGACUGUCAGACCAAAAGGUGUGCAGGUGUUUCGGAGGCAGCUGUCCUGAGAGCAGGACGUUUUCGUCUGUUAUUCGUCGUUCUCUCUCUGCUGUUUGUUGUCGUUCUUUCUGUUUUGGCCUUUGUGACUUCAAGAAGAUGUCCAGGAAACCAUUUCUCCUUCAACACUUUGCAGAGCUUUGUUCAGCUGGUUUUACAACCCUACUGCAGUUUGCAUCAUGGGGCCUUACCUCCUAUCUGAACUAACCACUCCCUCUAAUAAACA